UGUUUCUCACUGUGAAUGGCAUGUCGGUCGCUACAUGAAAAUCAUCGAAUUUAAUACUCAUGACUGGCCACGGUCAAGGGUCGUGUCGCAAUGCUUUUUAAUUUAAAUCCAACCUUAUGAACACGUUUUAUCUGACGUAGCUUAAACACUGCCGUAUUUUACAGUAAUUUGAAUUGUUAAAUUUCGGUCGUUUUAUGUUGAAAUUAUAAUAAUGUAUAUGUUUCAUCUGUUGAUGUUGUUUCUGACAAUGACAAAUGGUUUUGCUGCAAACCAAACAAGUGAACUUCAUCGUCCUACGAGAAGUUUAACGUCAGAAAAUGAAAUCGAGCCAUUGAUAUCAGUGAGGAUUCACCUCGGCUUUUCAAAGCACAGUAGGGAUCUUGAUGAAGGCACAACCCAAACUAUUGAAAUUAAAAAAGCAGUAAAUGGUUCAAAUGCUUUUGCGUUCCUACAAUUGGCUGCAAACCAGCAUCCAUGUUACCAAUUUCAAUAUAAAACAUACAAUUUUGGUCGUUAUAUAACAAGCAUUUGUUGUGUUGCUGAAAACGUUUCAACUAGUCAUCACUGGAUGAUCUACAUUAAUGAUAAAUUAUCACCAGUCGGUGCUGAUUUACUAAAACCAAAAAAUGGUGAUUUGCUCCGUUUUGUAUACGAACAUGUAUCUUAUGGAAACGGCAGUUAUAAUACAGAGUCAAAGAAAAGACAAGGAUUCAGAGACUCUGGACUGGCGAACCAGACGUUUAAAAAUACGGCGUUAGUGGAGCUUAUUUUCACUAGUCAUCAAUUUACGAAUUCCGUUCCAGUUCAGCAAAUAGAUAUUCAUGUCAACACUACUGCAUUUCAUUUGUUAGAAGCAGCAGCAAAACGUCAUCCAUGUUAUAACUUUAAAUACAAAAAAUAUGAUUUUGGUCGUCUCAUAACAGCUAUUUGUUGUUUGGAAAAUAAUAAUGUAAAAGGAUACUUCUGGUUUUUGUAUAUUAACGGUCAGCGUUCAUCAGUUGGUGUUGAUCGCUUGAUACCAAAGAAUGGUGACACAAUAACCUUUAAAUAUGAAGAAUAUGAAGAAUCGAAAUCAAGUGAUGAUGAAACGACAAAAUUAGCUCCAACUACGUAUCAAAUGAAUCCACCAACUGCUACAGGCCAAUCAGCGUUAUUUUUUCGAUUUACAUUUUAUUUAAUGUUGUUGGUUGUCGCUAUCUCAUGUCUCUUUCAUAAUUUUGUUUACGCUUAAAAAUGAUUGGGCUCAAACUGAUGAUUCAAUUUGAUUCUAGAAGGGAAGAUCAUCCUCUUGUAUUAUUGGUGUAAAUUAGUGGAAACAAUUUUUUGAUUAUUCAUUAGUUAUAUAAAUUGUGACUUACUAGCUAACGAAUUCUAAAGGCGUGCACUAUAAACUAUAACAUCUACAAUUAUACCAAACCAUUUGUUAUGCUCUUUUCAAACACGGUAAAUAUCUUUUAUUUCUAGAAUUUCACACGUGACUGCAAUAUAUUCUGUUGACUAAAAUCAA